AUGGAUGUGAACAAUGCAUUUCUUCAUGGGGACCUUGAGGAGGAAGUCUACAUGGAGCCUCCUCCUGGUUGUGAAGAAGGAAAAACUGGUCAAGUAUGCAGGCUGAUCAAGUCUUUGUAUGGCCUAAAACAGGCAAGUAGACAGUGGAACAUCAAACUGUGUGUUGCAUUGUUAAGUAUGGGGUUUAAGCAGUCUGUUCCUGACAAUUCUUUAUUUACUAAAGGGGAAGGGUCAUCAUUUGUAGCCCUACUAGUUUAUGUAGAUGAUAUAGUGGUGGCUAGUGCUGAUCUAAACCUGGUUCAACAGAUCAAAACUCAACUAAAUGAUCAGUUUCAGAUCAAAGACUUGGGACCCUUGAAGUACUUGCAGAAAAAGGGCAUUGCAAUAUCUCAAAGAAAAUAUGCCCUAGAGUUGCUUGAUGAGGCAGGAUUCAUGGACUCAAAACCUGUUCAUAGCCCUACAGUCCCUUCACACAAGCUAAGCAGAAAUGAAGGUGAUGUUUUGGAAGAUAAUACUCAGUAUAGAAGGCUUAUUGGAAAACUUUUAUACUUAAAUAUUACAAGGCCUGACAUAAGUUUUGCUACACAACAGUUGUCUCAAUUCUUGGAUAAACCUACACAUCUACAUUUACAAGCAGCCCACAGAGUUCUAAGAUACAUUAAAAAUGCUCCAGGACAAGGGUUAUUCUUCCCAACUUCAUCUGAUCUUCAACUAAAGGCCUUUUCUGAUUCUGACUGGGGUGCUUGUGUUGACUCCAGGAAGUCUGUUACAGGAUUUUGCAUUUUUCUUGGUCAAGCCCUGAUAUCUUGGAAGUCCAAGAAACAACCUACCAUAUCCAGAUCUUCCUCAGAAGCAGAAUAUAGAGCCUUGGCAGCAACCACCUGUGAAGUACAAUGGUUGAUCUACCUACUUGCUGAGUUUGGUUUACAUCCUAAUGUUCCAGCUGCUAUUUAUUGUGAUAGCAAGUCUGCAAUAGCCAUCACUGAAAACCCUGUGUUUCAUGAAAGAACAAAGCAUAUAGAGAUUGAUUGCCAUCUUGUUAGAGAAAAACUGCACAAAGGAAUCAUCAAGCUCUUUCAUAUUUCAUCUGAAAAUCAGUUGGCAGAUGUUCUUACAAAGGCUCACUGUCCAGGCUCCUUCUUCAGCUAUGUCUCCAAGCUUGGAUUGUUCAACCUAUACAAUCCAGCUUGCGGGGGGCUUUCAGGGAAUAUACAACAUGUUGGGGAGGCGAAAGCGGGUGAUCUCUGUGGUGAGAUUGGUGUACUUUGUUAUAGGCCUCAGCUAUUCACAGUCCGUACAAAGCGAUUGAGUCAGCUUCUGCGUAUGAACCGUACUGCAUUUCUGAAUAUUAUUCAGGCUAAUGUUGGGGAUGGAACCAUAAUCAUGAACAAUCUCCUUCAGCAUUUGAAGGACAUGAGGGAUCCAAUUAUGGAAGGAGUUCUCUUAGAGACAGAGAACAUGUUAGCCUGCGGAAGAAUGGACCUUCCUCUUACCCUCUGCUUCGCGACGCUCAGAGGAGACGAUCUGCUAUUGCAUCACUUGUUGAAGCGUGGCCUUGAUCCAAAUGAAUCCGACAACAACGGGAGAACAGCUCUUCAUAUAGCAGCAGCUAAAGGAUAUGAAAACUGUGUUCUUCUUCUUCUGGACUUUGGAGCUGAUCCCAACAGGCAAGAUUCUGAAGGGAGUGUGCCACUGUGGGAGGCCAUCUUGGGAAAACAUGAAUCAGUAGCCAGGCUAUUGGCAGACAACGGCGCUAAAUUAUCCUCAGGUGAUGUAGGUCAAUUCUCCUGCACUGCAGCCGAGCAGAACAACCUGGAACUACUCAGAGAGAUUCUUCGUCGCGGUGGGGAUGUAACGCUCCCCAGAAGCAAUGGUUCGACAGCCCUCCAUGUCGCUGUAUGUGAAGGCAACGUGGAGAUAGUGAAGUACUUGUUAGCCCAAGGGGCUGAUAUCUACAAAGCAGAUAGCUAUGGGUGGACUCCAAGGGACCUAUCUGAGCAGCAAGGGCAUGAAGAAAUCACAGCACUGUUUGAAUCCCAUAAAGAGGCCAAGGCGGCUCAACCCCAUGCAACAACAGUUCCUGAAGACCGGCCUGGGGUUCGCUUUCUUGGGAGGUUCAAAAGUGAGCCAACAAUCCUCCCGGCCUCACACUCGUCCCCUUUUCCAACAACAGACGGAUCCUGGGGGCGAUCGUCGCGCCCUAGGCGCAGGACUAACAACUUCCACAACUCGUUGUUUGGAAUAAUGUCGGCUGCUCAAAACGGGGACCAACCCUUGCUUUAUUCUGUGAAAGAGGAUACACCUGCUGCCACUGAACAGACAUAUGCAGCUAGAGUGAUUGUUAGUUGCCCCGAGAGAGGAGAUGUUGCGGGGAAGGUUGUAUCGCUCCCUAAAACCUUCCAUGAACUGCUCCAAAUUGGUGUUAAGAAGUAUGGAUUCUUGCCUGCUAAAGUUGUGAGCAAAGAGGGAGCAGAAAUAGAAGAUAUAGAGUUGAUCAGAGAUGAUGAUCAUAUAGUUUUUAUUAGUGAAAAUAGAACUACAGAAGACAGUCACCAAACUGGUGAAUUGUGAGAGGA